GCCUUGAUAUUGGAUGGCCAACUCUUUACAUAUUCAUCGUCCCACUUGAUAUUGAUUUCGCACCGUCGCAACGUCGACUAGGUCGAAAGGUAUAAAACCCUGCAGCCCGACGACGAUAAUUUGCAACCGUAACAGCUAUCACCUUUAUCGUCGCCGCAGCUAUGCUUUUCGCUGGUCAAGUUCAGGCCAGCGUGAACAUCCCUCGUGCCGCUUUGAUUGCCACUGACCCAGUCGCGGCGUGCAAUCCUCCAAACAACGGAGACCAUACCACUGGUUCCAGCUGCAAGUUCUUCUCUGGACCCUCUGACAAAUCCCCUGUCGUCUCCGGCAUCUGUGUUCCCCAGGGUGGCACCCUCACCUGCGUCCGGUGAUUAACUCUGCAAACCCAUGUACAUAGGAACGAGUAGGGAGACGUUGAAGCUCGAAUACUGAUUCGGACAAUGAAUUAUGAAUGUACAGUGCAUUUGAAUAUUAUAUAAGUUCUGCUGGUUUCCCGACUUCCAUUGUGAAACUGAAGGUGUUCGAAGCAUAACCU